CGUAACAUUGAACUCGUAAUACUCAAAUAUAAUGUUCCUAAAAAAAGCAGGCAACCAACCCGAAAACCUGUGUGAAAUGUAUUGAAAGAGCAAUUCAUGUAUAAACAUUACUGCCUACUAACUAUAUUUCGAGAUUCAUUGAAAAAGUGUAAAGUUUACUACAUAAGCUAAACAUUAGUAAAUCUGACUCUAAUCUAUAACAUACAAUUAAUAGUUUAAAAAAUGGCUGUCUCAUCAGAAGGUGUAAUGAAUCCUGGCCUCAAUGACCCUGUAACCAAAGCUGUGGUUGAUAACAUAAUGGGAAAUUUACCUACGAAGAAACCCCUUGUUCGGUGUGAUGAUUGUGAUCUUUCAUUUACCAGUCAAACAGUAUUAGAUACACAUUUACAGGGAGCACGCCAUGCUAAACAGAUUAGAUCCAAAAAUAUAAUGGCAUCUCUUGAAGAAACCAAAGUAACAUUUACAAAAGAUGAAGAAACAAAUGGAUUAAAAUGCAAUGUGUGUAAUGUGUGUCUAAACUCAAUACAACAACUUCAAACACAUUUGAAUGGGAUCCGGCACAAAAAAAAAGCUGUGAGAGGUGGGUGGGGUGGCCAAGAUGUUGGCAGCUCAGUGACAUCAACCACCAUGAAUAUCCAAGAAAACUCAGGACCUAAAGGCGUAUCACUAUCAUGCAGUAUGUGUAACAAGAUCUUCAAUUCGGUGGCACAAUAUAAUGUGCAUAUGACAUCAAAAAAGCAUACUGGUAAAUUAAAACAAGCUAAAACUCAAAAGAAGAAGAGAUUUUUCCCAUAUUGGAAAAAACCUAAAUCUGGUGUAAAUCCUAAAAAUCUUGUUCAGUCAUUGUCAAAUAACUUUGUAUCAGGAGGUUUCACAAAUCAGACAUAGGGAUAUAGUGUAAAAGGAGGAAUAUGUCUAUUUUAAUAUAC